ACCUGGUGCAGGGAGGCCCGAGGGCCUCCGAGGGACCCAGGGCCCCUCCCUUCACACCCUCCACCACGGCUCCCCUCUCUCUGCUCCGAGCUGGAUCGGCCCCCUCAGGACUGCCUCUCCGGCCCACGGUGACUGUAUCAGAGCAGGUCUGGGUGAUGGCCUGGGGCCAGGCGGCUGUCAGGGGAAGGGGGUACCUGGAGCUGGGGCAGAGAAGGAGAAAGUGAGGAGGUCCUCCAGAAACUGGGCAAGGCGGAUGAGACGAAGGAUGAGCAGUUCGAACAGUGUGUCCAGAAUUUCAACAAGCAGCUGACCGAGGGCACCCGGCUGCAGAAGGAUCUGCGGACCUACCUGGCCUCAGUCAAAGCCAUGCAUGAGGCCUCCAAGAAGCUCAGUGAGUGCUUGCAGGAGGUUUACGAGCCUGACUGGCCUGGCAGGGACGAAGCGACCAAGAUCGCGGAGAACAAUGAUCUGCUCUGGGUGGAUUACCACCAGAAGCUGGUGGACCAGGCGCUGCUGACCAUGGACACAUACCUUGGCCAGUUCCCCGACAUCAAGUCACGCAUUGCCAAGCGAGGGCGGAAGCUGGUGGAUUAUGACAGCGCCCGGCAUCAUUACGAGUCCCUCCAAACGGCCAAAAAGAAGGAUGAAGCCAAAAUUGCCAAGCCUGUCUCGCUGCUUGAGAAGGCCGCCCCCCAGUGGUGCCAAGGCAAACUGCAGGCUCACCUCGUAGCUCAAACUAACCUGCUCCGAAAUCAGGCUGAGGAGGAGCUCAUCAAAGCCCAGAAGGUGUUUGAGGAGAUGAACGUGGACCUGCAGGAGGAGCUGCCGUCGCUGUGGAACAGCCGCGUAGGUUUCUACGUCAACACAUUUCAAAGCAUCGCUGGGCUGGAGGAAAACUUCCAUAAGGAGAUGAGUAAGCUCAGCCAGAACCUCAGCGACGUGCUGGUGGACCUGGAGAAGCAGCAUGGGGGCAAUACCGUCAUGGUGAAGCCCCAGCCCAGAAAGAAAACUAAACUGUUCUCCCGGCUGCUCAGAAAGAAGAACAGUGAUAAUGCUGCUGCCGAAGGGAACAAGAGCCCGUCACCUCCGCCAGACGGCUCCCCAGCCGCCACCCCCGAGAUCAGAGUCAACCAUGAGCCGGGGCCACCCAGCUCGGCCACAGCUGGGGCCACCCUCCCCAAGUCCCCUUCUCAGCUCCGGAAAGGCCCACCAGUCCCUCCGCCUCCCAAACACACCCCGUCCAAGGAGGUCAAGCAGGAGCAGAUCCUCCGCCUGUUUGACGACACGUUUGUCCCUGAGAUCAGCGUGACCACCCCCUCCCAGUUUGAGGCCCCAGGGCCUUUCUCGGAGCAGGCCAGUCUGCUGGACCUGGACUUUGACCCCCUCCCACCUGCGGCGAGCCCCGUGAAGGCGCCCACGCCCUCUGGUCAGUCAAUUCCGUGGGACCUCUGGGAGCCUGCAGAGGGCCCAGCUGGCAGCCUGCCUUCCGGGGAGACCAGUGCUGCCGAGGGUGCCUUUGCUGUGGCCUGGCCCAGUCAGGCGGCCGAGCCCGGGCCUGCCCAACCAAUGGAGGCCCCUGAGGUAGCUGGUGGGACCCAACCUGUGGCUGGAGCCCAGGAGCGCGGGGAGACGGCAGCCGGUGAAGCAGCCUCCACCUCUCUCCCUGCGGUCGUGGUGGAGACUUUUGCAGCCACCGUGAACGGCACCGUGGAGGGCGGCAGCGGGGCUGGGCGCUUGGACCUGCCCCCAGGCUUCAUGUUCAAGGUGCAGGCCCAGCACGACUACGUGGCCACCGACACGGAUGAGCUGCAGCUCAAGGCCGGGGACGUGGUGCUGGUGAUCCCCUUCCAGAACCCGGACGAGCAGUGGGACCCUCCUCGGCCUGGGAGUCAGGGUGCAGACACGUUCAGCCCAGUGCAGCAGGCAGGCGGCCUUUCCAGAGAGGAGGACUCACCGGUGAACAGGGAUGAAGGCUGGCUCAUGGGCAUCAAGGAGAGCGACUGGAACCAGCACAAGGAGCUGCAGCGGUGCCGCGGCGUCUUCCCCGAGAACUUCACCGAGCGCGUGCAGUGAGGUGGCCGGCGCCGCUCUCCCGGCGUGCCGAGGGCGUCUUUUCCUGAAAAAUGUGUGUUUCUUUUUUUUUUUUCUUCUGAUUUUGUUUAAACUUUUGAAAAGCAAAGGGAUAUCGGGGAGAGACCUAGGCCAAGGGGUGUUCUCCCGAAGAGUGGGUUGUUUUCCACAGAGCCCGGUUUCGGCAAGCCCGGGGGCGUCCCGUGGGCCUGAAGCUGCUGUGUCCCCUAGUUGAGUUCCCGGCCACCCGAUCCCGCCUGCCACACGUGUGCCCUGAGCAGGGCGGCCCAGGGCCGCCGGGCCAACACGCCUGCCUGAAGCUUCGGCGCCACCUGGGCGAGGGCCCUCUUUUCCUGGCAGCUGCUGGGGGUGGGGCCCAGCCUGUCUAGAGACCUUGGGGGCCAGAUACCAGCCUGGCCUGGCCCUGCCCUGCAGACCGUCCGUGUGCUGUUUGAAAAUAAAUCCUAGUGUUCAAAACAAAAUGAAACAAACCAUUGACAACAACACA